CAUCCAUCAAUGACAGGACAAGGUAAGAAAAAGGAGCAACGCAAAGCAAAACAAGCUGAAAAAAGAGCUGCAAAAACUGCGAAUGAAGAAACUUCUUCAUCUUCCAACAAUGUGGUGUAUCUUCCAGCUGAUGAAUGGUUUUCUGAGCUCCAAGAAAAAGUUUUAGAUUGUGAACCUUUAGGAUUUGUGAUGGAUGGUUUACUCAGAAACACUGUUCGUAUGACUGUUGAACUUCAAGCUCCCAGAUUUGGUGCUCUCCCCCUUUCUUCUUGGCAAGAAUCUUGUUUACACUCAGCUUGUGGUGCUUGAUGAAGAUAGAACCAUACAAGGGAAGCUAUAUAUGACCGGCUCAAAAGUAGUUCCAAAUGAUCCAAAUGUCAUUCCAAGUUCAAGAAAGCUGUUCAAAGAGUCUGUUCCAUACUUGCUGAAGAAUACUGAGCAGUGGUUCUUCUCCCGCUCCUUGGUGUUUAAAGGAUAUAACGGUGUGAUUGAUGAAGCUGUCAAGUUCCCCUCACAUGACCCCGUUGGUGGCUUGCGAGACUUACCCCGGGGUUCAUCUGGUAUUCGUUGUGCAGAGGUCUUCUUGUUUGUUGCUGGGGACUUUGACGUGGAAGAUGGUGGUCUGUGCUCUCGUGAGGCUGUGAAGGAACUACUGCAUGAACUGAAUUCAAAAGAAGGCAUCAGCAAACUACUUGGCUUUGAUGUGGUGGCUGCAAGUGUUGUUGUCAGUAAAGAGAAGUUGGCUGAACUGAAAGAUGUGCAUCUGAGUUUAACUGCUUGAAAGGUUGUUUAUAGCUGGUUUAGUAACACGAAAUCUUGUUUAGUAAUCCCAAGUACAUGUAAUCAAAUGUGAAAUGUGUAAGCAACUUGUACUCAAAAGUUGCUUCUAAAUCACUAUGACUUGUUGGCCUUUUGGUAUAGGUGAUGUGUAGAAUGUGCACCUGAAUACUUGAUGUUAAGUUUUCUCAGAUCUUAAGAAAUGCAGUACUUACUCGCAUUGCCCGA